CACAAACUCUUCAAGUGUUUUCCUCUUCUUUUCUCAUUCUCAAAACUUUCUUGUUUUUGUCAAAGUAAAAAAAAAAAAGUAUGGAAGGAAAAAGUUGCCUUGGCAAUUUCUUUGAGAAGGCUAAGCCUUAUAUAGCUAUGAUUUCUUUGCAAUUUGGUUAUGCAGGAAUGAACAUUAUUACAAAAGUUUCUCUCAAUAGAGGCAUGAGUCAUUUUGUACUGGUGGUUUACAGACAUGCCUUUGCCACUGCAGUUAUUGCACCCUUUGCUCUUGUACUAGAAAGAAAAGUGAGGCCAAAAAUUACAUUUCCAAUUUUUUUGCAGCUAUUUGUAUUGGGACUUCUUGGGCCUGUCAUUGAUCAAAACUUCUACUAUGCUGGACUUAAAUUUACUUCUCCAACUUUCUCAUGUGCCAUGAGUAACAUGCUUCCUGCAAUGACAUUUGUUAUGGCAGUCCUCUGCAGGAUGGAGAAGUUGGAUUUAAAGAAAGUGAGAUGCCAAGCAAAGGUGGUGGGAACAAUAGUGACAGUGGGUGGAGCCAUGUUAAUGACAGUUUACAAAGGUCAUGUAAUCAACAUGGUUUGGUCCAAUUUUGUUCAUCCUAAAAAAUCCGAUGUCCCUGACACCAUUGAAGCUACUGACAAAGAUUGGGUUAAAGGAUCAAUUCUACUUAUCAUUGCUACUUUUGCUUGGGCUUCUUUCUUCAUCCUUCAGGCUCACACACUGAAAAAAUACACUGCCCACCUUUCCCUCACAGCCCUUGUGUGCUUUAUGGGAACACUGCAAUCCAUAGCUGUGACCUUUGUGAUGGAACACAAAUCUUCUGCUUGGGCCAUUGGGUGGGACAUGAACCUCCUAGCAGCUGCCUAUGCUGGUAUUGUUUCAUCAAGCAUUGCAUACUACGUCCAAGGUCUUGUGAUGAAGAAAAGAGGGCCUGUCUUUGUGACUUCUUUCAGUCCAUUAAUGAUGAUUAUUGUGGCCAUCAUGGGCUCAUUCAUUCUUGCUGAAAAGAUAUACGUUGGAGGCGUUCUUGGGGGCGUGUUGAUUGUGAUUGGACUUUACUCGGUUCUGUGGGGAAAAUAUAAGGAAUACAAGGAAAAGGACGCUGAGGAAAUUCCUGAACCAGUAAAAUUAGGAAUCACUGGAGACAACAAAACAAUGAUGAUUGAAGAUAUUGAAGCAAACAUCAUAGAAAUGCACAAACGUGAAACUAACAAAGUACUGCCAGUUCCAGCAAUAGUAAUCAGCGCUCCAAUGCCGCAGCCUCCCAUGAUAGCUAUGGAAGCUCCAAAACCUUAAGCCAGAUAGAGAUUUCGAUGGAAUGUUUGAUCGGAAGAUUGAAUAUAGGAGCACUAGACAUGAAGAAAGAAGUUAAAAUCAUAUCUAUUACACAGUGGAGCAUUGUCUAUACUAUGUAACAAACAUGCUUUUAGGAGUGGUAAAAGGGGUUAGAAUGAGAAGAAAAUACUUAUGAUCCCUUUAUUUUUUCUCAAAAAAAAAAAAAAAAGGUUCUUUUUUUGGGACUCGGGUAGAUUACAGAGUUUGUAACCUUUCCUGUAAGCCAAAUAUUAAGAAUUGAUUGAAAAAGAGUAUUUGAUUCGCUUCGUA